AUGUUCUCUUCUCUUGCUGGCAGAACCUACAUCGUCACCGGUGGUGCUUCUGGCAUCGGCCUCGCAACGGUCAACAAGUUGCUCGGCCUCUCUGCAACCGUCCAUGUCAUUGACAGAGCUCGGGAGCCGCCCAAGAUCACUGCCGGUGCCGGCAAGGUUCAUACCUACCCAGACAUCGACGUGAGCUCCCGCCAAGCCGUAGCCGACACCUUCAAGACCAUCGUCGAUUGCACCCCUACCAUUUCCGGCCUCGUCAACGCCGCCGGCAUCUCCCCUUCCGGAAACUACGACAUGGCGGGCGAAGGCUACGCCAUCGAGAAGGACGAGACGUACGCACGCAUCAUGGACAUCAACGCGGGCGGGACGUGGAACGCGACGACCGAACUGCUGCGCCACACGCUCGCGAGCAAGAGAGCCGAGGGGGGCAUGGUCAGCAUCGUCAACAUCGGGUCCCUGGCUUCGCUGCGGGGAAUCCGCAUGAUGGCUGCAUACUGUGCCAGCAAGCACGCCGUGCUUGGGAUGACCAGGUCGUGGGCGCUAGAGUACGCGGAUCAAGGCAUCAGGGUCAACUUGAUCGCUCCUGGGCUCAUCAGGACGCCCCUCGGAAUGAAAGCGGUGGGGUCUGAGGAUGAGCGCACCAAGGUCGCACAGGCCUAUGCGGACGGGAUUCCUAUGAAGCGGAUUGGGGAACCGGAUGAUAUAGCGGGACCCAUUGUCUUUUUGCUUAGUGACGAGGCAUCCUACAUGACUGGCGAGGCGAUUUUAGUGGGCGGAGGAUUGUGA